UAACAUUCACUCUAAGGCGUCAGCCACAUUUGCUAGUUACUAUUUCUCGUUUUAAACGGACAUAGAAACUCAUAUAGUGCAGCAUCACAUAGUGAUUUUAACGCCUACACGCUUAAGGUUGGUUGAAGAGACCCGGCGCUAGUAUUCGAUUGAAUGCGUGGUCCAAGAGAAGACUAUAUACUAGAGAGCCCAUCAUGCGUUGUGCGUGGUUAAGCAUUCCCGAGGUGUCAGUUAAUUCUAUAGUCCCGGGGGUAUCCAUGUGGGGUAAACGCGGGGUAUAGCUACGAACCCACCCCUCCAUGUUCCAGUAAGAUAACAUUCUCAUUCUCACGCCAUUCUCCAACUAUCAGCACCAAAUAAUCCACACCAAGCAAUCAUGGCAAGCCAACAACCCGAAGUGGCAUCAAGGCCAAUCAGCGGCUCCUUCGCCGGCAAAGUAGCCAUAGUCACCGGCGCAGGGUCCGCAGGUGACGGCAUCGGCAACGGUCGCGCGGCCGCCAUCCUCCUCGCCGAACAAGGCGCCUCCGUUCUUUGCGUAGACCGCGAGAAAGACUGGGCGAAUCGGACGGUGGAGAUGAUCACUGAAGAGGGGAAGGGAAAAGGCCUCGCUUUCUACGGGGAUGUCACUAAAGCUACAGAUUGUGAAGCCAUGGUUGAAGCUGCGGUCAAGGCUUUCGGUCGCCUCGAUAUCCUCAUUAAUAACGUUGGAAUCGGUGGCGCGCGCGGUACAGCUGUCGAUGUUGAUAUGGUAGAGUGGGCAGCGGGGAUGGAAGUCAACGUUGGCAGCAUGGUCUUAUCAGCCAAGUAUGCGAUCCCCGCCAUGCAGAAAAACACAGGACAGGUGCGCGGCUCCAUCGUGAAUAUGGGCAGUGUAGCCGGUAUCCGAGGCGGCACGCCGCAUCUUCUUUACCCGACGAGUAAAGGAGCGAUUGUGAACAUGACGCGCGCGAUGGCGGCGCAUCAUGCGCCGGAUGGUAUUAGAGUCAACUGCGUGUGCCCUGGUAUGCUGUACACGCCGAUGAUGUAUGCGGGUGGGAUGAGUGAGGAGGCGAGGGAGGCGAGGAGGAAGAGGAGUUUAUUGGGGACGGAGGGGAAUGGGUGGGAUGCGGGGUGUGCAGUGAGGUUUUUGGCGUCGGAUGAGGCGAGGUGGGUAACAGGUGUUAUACUUCCCGUGGAUGCGGGAGCGACUUGUGCUGUUGGGAGUGAUUUACCUAAGACUGCUAGUGUUAGCAGUUAAUAGGAGGGCUUGUUUUCAUAAUCGGUUGAUGAAGGGAAAUAUCAUGGGGUUUUCUCAAUAUCAGUGACUAAAUUUGUG